CCAGCAUCUUGUAGUCGGAGACUAAAACACUGAAAUAAUCGUCCUAUAGGUGGUAUGGAGCUCUUAUCCCAGAGUAGAAUGAAGAAAAACUUUUAUUCUCAUUUAUACUGUUUGGUAAUAUUAGCAUCGCAAGUGCUCGGUUUCUGGAGUGUGGACAACGGGCGCGCGUCCAUUGAGAAGAAUUCGGGAAAGAAAGGCAGCCGUGUAACACAGAAACGAGAUAUCAUUUCCCAGGGAGAGCAGAUAUUGCAAACAUCUGAAGUGCCUUCCUCCCUUCUUGAAGUUACAUCUGUUGCAUGGAGACCAGCAUUUUCAUUAGAGGGAUCAAUAUUUCUAAAUAGAGGGAAUAGUCGUGAUUUAAUCUGCCGAACUUGGGGUCAGUGCAACUAUGAAACAUUUGAUGGGCUUUAUUAUUAUUAUCCUGGAAAAUGUACAUACACGCUGGUGAGGGAAUGUGAACAAAGGCAGCAAAGCUUUUCGAUACAGAUACAUAAUGAUCCAGCAUGCAAUUCCUCUCUAUACUCUUGCAACCGAUCGGUCAGUAUGUUCUUUGCAUAUGAAGGGGAAAUCAUUCUACAAAACUAUGAAGUCAUCCAUUAUGGAAAAAGCGUUCAGCUACCUUACAUUAUUGGAAAUCUGAAGUUUGAACAAAUAGCUGGAUACAUUCUGGUCAGGCAUCACCAUGGAUUUUCUUUGGCUUGGGAUGGUAAUUCUGGAGUCUACAUAAAGAUGAGCAUAGAGUAUGUUGGGAAAUUAUGUGGACUUUGUGGCAAUUUCAAUGGAAAUAUGCAUGAUGAUUUAUACACCAGCUAUGGUGUAUUAACAGAAGAUAUAGCUAUUUUUGGUAAUAGUUGGAUAGAAGAUGUCCCAGAUGGAAAACCAUGUCAUGUUACUCCAAUCAACUACCCAUCGCCUUGCUCUGAACGAAACCAAAGUGUAAACGAGAAAAUAAGAGAUUUGUGCACACUACUCCUUGGAUAUCCAUUUGUACUCUGCCAUUACCACGUCCAACCCUAUCCAUAUAUGGCCAGUUGUAUAAACGACCUCUGCACGUAUGGACCUAAUGAUAAUGCAAUUCUGUGUGGAGUUUUGACUGAAUAUGCAAGGGCUUGUGCACAAGCAAGUAGACCACUAAACGAAUGGAGACAGCUGUUCAACCAGUGUGCAUCAACUUGUGAAGGUGAAUUUGUGCAUCGUGAAUGUGUGGAGUGUUGUCCUGUAUCAUGUCGUGUACAACAAGAAUGCAUUAGCACUGAUUUCCAGUGCCUUGAUGGAUGCUAUUGCCCCGAAGGCUUGAUUCAUGAAAAUGGGACAUGUCUGAAACCUACCGAGUGUCCUUGUGUGUUUCAUGGUAAUCUCUACGUGCCCGGCUCUGUAAUUCAGAAACACUGCAGCACCUGUGUUUGUGCAGGAGGCAUUUGGAAAUGUACGGAACAUAGCUGUCCGGUGGAAUGCUCAGUAACUGGAAAUAUUCACUUCAGGACAUUUGACGGACAGUUGUAUUCCUUCCAUGCUAUAUGUCAGUAUAUUUUGGCGAAGAGCCGCAGUUCUGGAAAGUUUACUAUCAGUCUCCAGAAUUCUCAGUGUGGCACAGAUCUGAAUGGUGCCUGCAUUCAGUCAGUGAGUAUUAUUGUUGAUGAAGAUCUGAAGAAACAGGUGACAUUGACUCACUCUGGAGAGGUGUACCAUUGCAAUCAGUACAGGAUUAGUUUACCUUAUAAAGAUGAUCUGUUUGAAGUUACUGAACUCAGCUCAAUGUUUGUGCAAGUUAACACAACCUUUGGGCUGCGUUUGCAGUAUGACAGGGAAGGGAGGAGGCUUUACCUCCAAGUGGAUGCAAGGUGGAAAGAAGACACCUUUGGACUUUGUGGAACAUUCAAUGGCAAUAUUCAGGAUGAUUACUUGUCCCCAGGGGGAAUGAUUGAAAGCACACCGCAGAUCUUUGCCAAUUCCUGGAGAGUCUCCACAGCUUGUAACCCAGGUGCCAACAUUCCUGAAGUGGAUCCAUGUGAUACUCAUCAGCAGUAUGCCUCGUAUGCUGCAGAGAAGUGUAGCAUUAUCAGUGGAUAUCUUUUUGCAUCCUGCCAUCAGUAUCUGAGUCCUGAUCUUUAUCAACAACAAUGCAAGACUGACACCUGCAGAUGUGGAGAAGCAUGUAUGUGUUCUGCUGUGGCUCAUUAUGCUCGACAGUGUGGAAACUUUGGCAUUUUUGUGGACUUCAGAUCCAAUGUUUCAGAGUGUGCCAUUCAGUGUCCAAAUACAAUGGUUUAUGGCCCCUGUGUGUCAUUUUGCAAUCAGAACUGCCAGUCAUUAUCCAUGCCAGAAGAUUGUUCCAAUGAAUGCUCAGAGGGAUGUGCUUGUCCUGAUGGCACAUAUUACAACACUAAAACACACACGUGUGUAAUUAAAAACGAUUGUCCUUGUUAUUUUAUGGGUACAGAGUAUUCACCUGGAGAGAUGGCGAUUAGUUCUACAGGAAUGUGGAUAUGUUUUGAGGGUACCAUGCAAUUUCAGAGUCAGAAACUAGAUACUCAUUGUGGACCAAGCCAAAUAUACUACAACUGCAGUGGUCUUGUAGGUGGAUCUGAAAGAAAUGUAGGAGCAGGAUGCAGAGAGACCUGUGGAAAUCUACUCCUAAACACUCCAUGCCCUGAAUCCAUGCCAUGUCUAUCUGGCUGUGUUUGCCCCUCUGGUCUUGUGAAGCAUGAAGAUGAAUGUUUUAAACCUGAAGAAUGCCCUUGUCUGUGGAAAGGAAAGGAGUAUUUUCCUGGCGAUGUAGUAAAAUCACCUUGCUAUAUCUGUGUUUGCCAGAAGGGAACGUUCCAAUGCACAUUCCAUCCUUGUCCUUCAAUGUGUACGGCAUAUGGGGACCGUCAUUUCAAGACUUUUGAUGGAGUCCAUUAUGAUUUUAUAAGCAGUUGCAUGGUUUACCUUGUUAAGAGUAUUGGGAGUUUAAACCUGUCUAUCACUGCUGAAAAUAUUGAAUGUUAUGGGAGUGGCGCCACUUGUAGGAAAACCCUGUCUAUCUUUGUUGGAAAUACUUUGUUGGUUCUUGAAGACGAUAGUGGGAACCUGAGUCCUUCCAGCACCUUGGACACAAAACAGAUAAUACACAUAUGGAAGGCAGGUAUCUUUAUCAUGAUACAUUUCCCUGCAGAAGAAAUUUCCAUACUAUGGGAUCAAAAGACAUCAACACACAUCCAGGUUGGACCAAUGUGGCAGGGUAACCUUUCUGGUUUGUGUGGAAAUUUUGAUAUGAAAACAGUCAAUGAAAUGGUGACUCCGGAUUUCAUGGAAGCACCAAAUCCACAAGAGUUUGGGAAUAGCUGGACAGCUAUGGAGUGUGCAAGUAGCCCUGACAUCCGUAAUCCAUGUAACAUGAACCCACUCCGUGAGCCAUUUGCGAAGAAGGAAUGUGGAAUUUUGUUGUGUGAGGUGUUCCAGCCCUGCCAUCCAGUGGUUGAUGUCACUUGGUAUUAUUCCAACUGUUUGACUGAUACGUGUGCCUGUAACAGAGGAGGAGAUUGUGAAUGUUUUUGUACCAGUGUCCAAGCAUAUGCUCAUAUAUGCUGUCAACAUGGAGUUGCAAUUGAUUGGAGAACCCCCUCAAUCUGCCCUUAUGACUGUGAAUAUUAUAACAAAGUGCUGGGAAAAGGUCCUUAUUUAUUGGUCAGUUACUUGGAUGCAAGUACAGUGGUGGCAGCUAAUUUAUCAAGUGGAGCUGUUUUUCUAGCUACAAGAGAAAUAGCCAUUCCAGGAGUAGUGACACUUUUUAUGCUGACCCCAAGCCUUUACUCACCUAAGCCACAUGAUAUAUCGUUAGUUUCCUUGGAAGUGGCUGACAAACCAAAUUAUUUUCUUCGGACUGGAUCAGAUGGAGCCCUACAUGUCAGUAAAUGGGAAUAUAACACAUCUUUUCUAAAAGAAGCAACAUUUAAAUUCCACAAGGAUGCAUGGGUUUUGGGAUAUAACACCUUUGAAUCGUACAUAAGGCCUGGAUACUUUGUUCAUCUGGCAAGUACUAUUCUGCAUCUGCUGAAAUAUAACCACUCAGAGGGUUUCAGGCAUGCUACCCUCCUCCAGCUUGCAGAUGCAAAGACUCUGUCCCCAGCUCAUUCUACCUGUGAGUGGCAGUAUGAGGCUUGUGCCAGCCCUUGUGUCAGAACAUGCAGAGAUCCUACAGGCAAGAUCUGUCAAGCUUUACCAAGUGUGGAAGGCUGUGUACCUCAUUGUCCAUUGGAUAUGGUGUUUGAUGAAGACACACAGAGAUGCGCUUAUCCAGAGGAUUGUAUUAGGCCAGCAUUUUAUGUUCAGCCUUCCAAAUCCACAAGCUCAACAGCAUCACCAGGAAUAUCCACUUCUCCAGCCUUUAAUGCCUCAGUUAAGCCAUUGACUUCCAGUGAGGUAGCUGAAAUAAGUCAAUUUACUACUUCUCCGAUAGCAACAAGUAAAUCCACCGCUUCUGCUUCAACUCCUAUGGUAACCCAGCUGUCAACAAGUCCUGCUAUGUUAACUACAAGCACUUCUCCACUUCUACCCUUGACCAGAACAACGCCUACCACACAUCGAGCUUUGGUACAUUCCACCGAAUCUUACACAUCAUCCCCUUCUACAUUAGGCUCUUCAACAAAAAUGGUGACCACCAAAGCAGUGACUUUACCUGAAAUUUCAACAUUAAUGGAAGCCACAAGCCCAACUGAAUUACUAACCAAGUCACAUUUGCAAUCUACUUCCACUGAACCCAAACAUACAGACACUAAAACAGUACCUUCAACAGCUACUACGAGAGUAACACCAUCAUUAACGAGAUGGCUAACUACAAUUAAAACAGAACCAUUAUCAGAGAAGACUUCCUUUUCCACAACUGUAGCAUAUUCCCCGCCAGAAACAAAGUCAAUUACCCAAAAAACCUCAGUGUUUACAACCUCAAAAGGAACAACAACAUAUCCUACUUCAAAAGAAAUGGAACCAACAAUGCUUCCUACAUUCAGUAAGGUAGCCACAAAGGCUACUAGUUCCAGUUAUCAUUUCUUUACAGUGCACUCUCUGUCUACUGGAGCAUUGAAUUUGACAACCGAAAAGACUCAAUCAUCAAUGCCUGUUGGCACCUAUAAAUUAUCUACAUCAACAGAAGCAACAUGGCAUCCAUCAACUGAGAAGUUAACAACCCCUUCAGCAUUUUCAGAAACAGAAAUAAAUAAAACUACUAUAGCAAGUUCAGCACAAACUAAUGCAACAGAAAAGUCUAUCAUUUAUCCUCUGAGCGCAGGAGCUCACUCAACAACAAUUCCACCUGCGACCUAUUCAGGCUUAGCUACAUUACAUACAACUUCAAAAGAAGCUGCCUCCACAUCAGCGACAAAAAUGUCUUCAACAGCAUCUGCUACAAUAUCGUCAGAAACAACGGCUCUCAAAACAUUAACGACUGCGGUAUUUCCAAAUAAAACAACGACAUCAUUUCUUGAACAUGUAUAUCCAUCAUCAUCUACAAAAGGACCAGAAAUGGGUUCAACUACAGGCAUCUUCAAAGUGACCUCAACUCCCCAGAGCACAGAAAUGACCUCUGCUUCAACAACAACAUUGUAUGAAAGUACUAAAUCAACUUCUCCACAAUCAACCUCUGCAAUAAGAUCCACAACUACUCAGAAAAAAACCUUAUUGGAAACUUCAUACAAUCAAACAUUGCGGACUUCCACGACAGCAAUCCCAACUUCUGUAAAAGUUUCCCCUCUUCCUGCUUCAACACGUAAAACAACUACUGCAGCUGUGGUCCCUCAACGUGGAACAACUAUAGUUUUACCUACAUUGCUUACAAGUACCUCAGUAAAAUCCUCAACAGUUGUUUCAGGGCUCGCAUCUACAGUGACAGACACUGCACAUGCAGUAAAUGCAUCAACACCUGUUUUACCGCUUUCAACAACAACUACACCAACUUCAGCCAGCAGAACCAUCACUAAAGAAGUAACAACUCCAACUGCAGAUGUAGGUGCAACUAAAUCUCCAGCAGUUUUGUUUAAAACAUCAUUAACAACAGAAGCAUCAACUGCUUCAAUAAAUGAAACAUCUGUUACAUCAACAGGAGUUAUUAAGACAACUGGAGCACCUGCUGCAUCAACAAGAAUUUCUACUACAACUGAGGACACAAGAAAAAUAGCAACUUCUCCACAGCUGACCAGUACCUUAGAACCUACAUCUAUAAGUUUAAAUGAGACUGUUUCCUCUGAGUUGAAAGUAACUCCAAUUGAAUCUGUUGCUUCAACUGCACAGUCAACAACUACUGUUAGCUCUGAAUCACAAUUAUAUACCUUAUCCAAUGUCACAUUAUCAACAGUUAUUUCUACUCGUGAAUCAGAAUCAGUUGCGGGCCCAACAGUAUUCUCAGCAACCGUCAACACUACAGCUCUGACCAUCCCAUCAACUAGUCAUUGCAUUAUUCCAUUUCCACAGGAUGUAGAUGAAUGCAUCACCCAAACCUGUGUGGAGGGGGAAGUAAUUCAAAUCAAUAGAUCCCAUCAUUGUCCUUACCUUGUUACUCCACCCACUUGUGACCUCCUGGGAUUUGCUGUGCAGGUGAACACUGAUAAGUGUUGUCCACAGUGGGAAUGUCCAUGUCGAUGUUCUAUUCUUGCCAAUCUACACAUAAUUACUUUUGAUGGAAGUAGUUUUGGCAUUUCUGGAGCUGCAUCAUACGUUAUUGCUUCCACGGCAAAUGAAACUAUUGUUAUUGGGAUCAGCGAAUGUCUCAACAACCAGAUGACCACAAUGAUCCAACCUCAAGUGAACUCCAGCUACCUCUGCCUCACCAUGCUUAAUAUAACUCAUGGAUCAAACGUUGUCAUUGUUGACCAGCAGAACAGAAGGUUAACCAUUAAUUCAAAGUCAGGCUACACUCCAUUCCGAAGAUAUGAUUUUGAGAUCAUAGACACCGGGAGUAUGUUCACAAUCCUGACUCCAGCUGGUAUCAGCAUGCAGUGGUUUCAUAGCACAGGGAUUAUGGUUAUCGACACUGGAACCCCCAAUAAAAAGUUAGCUACUUUGGGAUUAUGCGGCUAUUGUGAUGGAAACCCAUCAAAUGACUUAACUUUGAAAAAUGGCACAGUUCUUAAUAAAGACGAUGAUCCAGUGAUCUUUGUUGAAGAUUGGAGGGUGACUAGUACAGAGACUGGUAUGAAGAUGAGCCGGGUUCUUGAGGUCAAUUGUUCUACAAGUAAUUGCUCUGAGUGCUUCAAGAUGCUCCAGAAUGAGUCUUUUGCCCCCUGCCAUUCACAAGUUUCCCCAGAAAUGUUUUGCGAACUCUGGAUUCGUGAUUCGUUACUUGUGCAAAACCAUUGUUCUGCCUUGAGCGCGUACGUGGCACUGUGUAAUAAGUUCAAUAUUUGCCUUGAGUGGCGGAAACCAGAUUAUUGCUCAUUCACAUGUCCUCCGAAUAUGAUAUACCAAGCUUGUGUACUGACCUGUGAAGCAAAGACAUGCCAGAACAGGAUUUUCUUCCCAUCAGAAGAUGUGUCAUGUUCUAUCAUGAGUGAAGGUUGUGUCUGUCCUGAAGGAUCUAUUCUCCAUCGCCUUGACUCCACCCUGUGUAUACCUGAGGCAAAAUGUGCUUGCACCGAUAGCUGGGGACUUCCUCAUGCCGCUGGGGAGACGUGGAGUGCAUCAUUGGAUGGAUGCUGUAUGUAUCAGUGUCUGGAGAAUGGAACCAUUGUUACUGUUGAUCACAACUGUUCAGCUAUUCCCGAACCAGUUUGUCAUCAUUCUGGGGAAGUGGUAGUUAGUCUAGCUGGUGAUAAGAGCUGCUGCCCUGAGAAAAUAUGUGCUUGCAAUCAAACUGUCUGUGAGAGUUUUGCCCCUCAGUGUGCAUAUGGAGAGAGGCUCAUUACACUUUAUAAACCAGACUUCUGCUGUCCUGACUAUUUUUGUGAAUGUGAUCCAGGAAAGUGUGAGUCUGAUAUUCCAACUUGUCGAGAAGACCAGACUUUGAUUGCUACUCAUGCUGACGGCAGUUGUUGCUUAGCAUAUAUCUGCAUGUGCAGUGCUUGCUCUGACCGAAUUCCUACCUGCCAAGAAGGCGAGAUCCUUACUGUGGACAACAAUACGACUGAGAUGUGUUGCCCAGACUACCAAUGUGUUUGUGAAAUCAAUCGAUGUCCAGAAUUUCAGUGUCCUACUGGAAUGCAAGAAAUCCAGGCAUGGAGUCCGGAUCAGUGCUGUCCAUUUCAUUCUUGUGAAUGUGCUUGCGACACAGUUCCUAAACCUCAGUGCAAGCUGGGAGAGGUGUUAGUAUUAGAACAACAGCUUGGAAAUAUCACAGCCAGUCCAUGUAGGUGUCCUGAAUACAAAUGUGUAAAUGAUCAAGUUUGUAUUGACGGAGAAAGAGGUAUAUUACGCCCUGGACAAGCUAUUGUGGAGCAUACAGCAGAUGGGCUUUGCUACUUCACACAGUGUACACACAAUCAGGACAACAACACUGGCUUUUAUCAGCUACUUGUCACCUUGAUCAACUGCUCAGCACAAUGUGAUAUGAAUCAGGUUUACGUUCCUCCUAAUGACCAGACUACAUGCUGUGGUCAUUGCAAGAAUGUUUCUUGCCUUGUUAACCUGGAAAAUGAAACCACAACCAUUCACAAGCCUGGAACAUCAUGGAUGUCCAACUGUGUCAGGUAUGAUUGUACUGACACAAUUUCAGGACCCGUCUUAAUAACCUCAAAUAUCACUUGCCCACCUUUCAAUGAAACUACAUGUAUGAAGAUUGGAGGAUCAAUUAUAACAUACAUGGAUGGCUGCUGUAAAAGCUGUAAAGAGGAUGUGAAGUCAUGCCAGAAGGUAGUUGUGAGGAUGACCAUUCGAAAGAAUGAUUGCCGAAGUAACAGACCAGUGAAUAUAGUAUCGUGUGAUGGAAAAUGCCCCUCUGCCAGUAUUUACAACUACAGCAUUAACACACACGCCAGAUUUUGCAAGUGCUGUCGGGAAAUUGGGCUGCAGAAACGCAUGGUGCAACUUUACUGCAGUGGAAACUCAACCUGGGUGAACUAUCCCAUCCAAGAGCCAACAGACUGCUCCUGCCAGUGGUCCUAGAGUGUGACAGGCAGAAAUGAACAAACAAAAAGCGCUUCUGGAUCACCUGUGAAACAAAGGUUUUUGACUAUUUGUAGUUUGGUGCCACAUGCAAUCUCAUAAAAUUAAUUACGAUCUAUGUUUAGGAAUUCUUAUUAUUUCAGUUUAACAUUUUCCCCCAUUAUUUCAACUCCAUUAUUUUUAAAACUGCCUGAAAUAGUUCAUCAAUUUAACUCACAAAAAAAAGUUCUGAUUCUUUCCUGCUUAACGUUGCCAAAAAACAAUCCAACUAACUGGAGCCCACUCGUGCAGGAUGCUAUUCUUCGAGUUGUCCUUGACUUUAUAAAACUGUUUCACCACAUGCAGUUUACCUGGCCUGAGGUGUCUCUUGGCAGAGUGUGCAAGAGUGGGAAAUGAAGCUUUCCUUGAUACUCGCUGCCUCUAUUAGAGGAGCAUUGACCUCACACAAAAUGCAUUACCAAAAACUUUUUUAAAUCAUAAUUACAAAUAAUAUUUUAAUUAUCCAUUUUUAAUGAAGUGUUGUCAGAAGAAACGUUUUGUACUGCCUGGUUAUGCCAAUGAAUUUAUUGAAAUACCUUGAUAUAUUUUUAAAUUCUCAUGUAUAGUUACUGAUCGUUUCCCCAAAAUAUUUCUGUUUGUUAUUCUUUUGAAAUCAUAUGCAGUAAAAUUAUCAGAGAAAUUAAUGCAACAAAAAUUGAUAAGGAUAGUUUUUGAUAUACUGUAGAUACCUGGUUUGUUUUAAAUACAGUUGAUUGGGUUCUGUAUAUUUCUGUGUACUUUAUUUAAACCUUAAAACAAAUAAAAGCAUCUGUUUUGUA